GACUUGACCCAACCUUCUUGCUCUUGCGCUCGCGCGCACGGUGUUGGUUCGCGAUCUCGCCGCACGAGGCCUCCAAAAGUCAACGUUGGAUUUGUCUUUGGCUCCUGCAGACCCUUAAAAUCUAAUGUAAAGAAAGCGUCAUUUUAUUCUUUGCUAAUCAGUUUCGCUGGGAAGUGAUUAUACAUCCGCUGUUUAUACGUGAUAGUCAUUGCAACAUUGGCCAUCUGCAUGAAAAUUCGUCCACUGAACGAGACCAUAAAUUUGCAUUCGAACUGGAGUUCUAAUUUCGACAUAGCGACGGAUCUUUUGAACACAGUGGACAUAGCAUCGUACAGAAAAAAAAAUGGUGAAAAUAGCGUUACAGAUCACUUGUAGACUCGACAAUAUCGAGGAACUGAAGCCAGGUGGGCCGGAAUUCAGGUGGUGUCUAAAGUUCACUUGCUCCAACUGUGGACAGGCAUCGGAGAAGUGGAACUACGUCUCCCUGGAAGAGUCAACACCGAUGCAACGAGGCAGUGGUGUCAAUAACUUUGUAAUCAAGUGCAAGCUCUGCUCCAGGGAGAAUUCAAUGACAAUAAUGGAGCAUACCAUCAAGUCCUUCACUUUGAACGAUCAAGGCAAGUUUAAAGCAAUUGUGACAUUUGAUUGCCGAGGAAUGGAACCUUCUGACUUUUCCGCGAGGGAAGGAUGGACUGCCCAAACCAUAGAAGGGGGCAGAGAGUUCAGUGAUGUAGAUUUGAGCGAGGGAGAAUGGGAGUACUACUGUGAUGAAACCCUGCAACCUGUCGGGAUAUAUGAGAUCAAACACAGAUUUGAAAAGAUCAAGUAAGGAUAUUUCAAACGUGUUUGCUGCAGUAUGCACAUUUCAUUUACUAGGAUACUGCGACGAUUGAUUUCGACGAUGAAUCACGACGAUUGUUCUUUUUGUUAAAGAAGCCCUUUCACAGGAAGUCUAUGAGAUUUCUAAAGUCUAUAUAAUUUUCAUACUUGCUUUGUUUUCCACUUUUGUUGUAUCUUCUGCAAUCACUCGGAAUGAUGUAAAGGGAAAUUAUAUUCUAUUCACGUUUAGGUAUAAAAAUAUCCAAGCUAAGCAUAUAUACUUGUUUGAUAAAUAUGAGCAAUUAAGCGUGCUUAUAUGUAAGUGUCUAUAGUUUGUAAUAUAUAUAUCAUGAGGGAAUUAUUGUUUUAUAAUAAAGAUAUAGUCUUUUUGUAAGUCUCUUCGUAAGACGAACUAUUCGUACCUGAGUGGAAGUAAUUCGUCGUUAUGAUGUGUAUGGGGGUGAGAAAUAGACACCAUUCGGUCGAGGUAGAGACAAAGAGAGUAACUAGAAUAGAUCCAACGACAUAAUAUAAUUUAUUCAUAAUCAUAUAAAAAAACCAUUUUAUUUUGCAAAUGGCUUCGUACACAAGAGAUAUCGUUUGCGAUAACAAUAAUUCCGCUUUUCCGCUCCAAGCACGUUCGGAGUUGCCGAUUUAAUUUAUAUACCCUGCGUAAAUAACCGAGUGACUAGUGUCGCUUUGCGGGCAAGGGCAUGCUGAGAAAUCGUGCCGACGGUCUUAUACU